CCCCGCCCCGCGGUCACGUGGGCGCCAGGCCCCGCCCACCCCCUGCGCGUCCUGCGGACCCGACUGCGGCGGCGCCAGCAGACCCCGAGCUGCGGCGCGCGGGAUGCCCCCUCCCGUGAAGGCGCUGGGUAAGGCCGGGUCCCCAGGCUGCGGCAUGGCGGGCUGCUGCGCCCCCGCGGCCCUGCAGAGGCGCCUGCCCAUCCUGGCCUGGCUGCCCGACUACUCGCUGCAGUGGCUGAAGAUGGACUUCAUCGCCGGCCUCUCGGUCGGGCUCACGGUGGUUCCGCAGGCGCUGGCCUAUGCCGAGGUGGCCGGGCUCCCACCCCAGUAUGGCCUCUACUCUGCCUUCAUGGGGUGCUUUGUGUACUUCUUCCUGGGCACCUCCCGGGACGUGACCCUGGGCCCCACGGCCAUCAUGUCCCUGCUGGUCUCCUUCUACACCUUCCAUGAGCCCGCCUACGCCGUGCUGCUGGCCUUCCUGUCGGGGUGCAUCCAGCUGGCCAUGGGGUUCCUGCGCUUGGGGUUCCUGCUGGACUUCGUUUCCUGUCCCGUCAUCAAAGGCUUCACCUCCGCUGCUGCCAUCACCAUAGGUUUUGGACAGAUCAAGAACCUUCUGGGACUGCAGGACAUCCCCAGGCAGUUCUUCUUGCAAGUGUAUUACACCUUCCUCAGCAUCGGAGAGACCAGGGUGGGGGAUGCCAUCCUGGGCCUGGUCUGCAUGGUGCUGCUGCUGGUGCUGAAGCUGAUGCGGGACCACGUGCCCCCCGUCCACCCCGAGAUGCCCCCCGGCGUGCGCCUCAGCCACGGGCUGGUGUGGAUCGCAACCACAGCUCGGAACGCCCUGGUGGUCUCGUUUGCCGCCCUGGUCGCCUACUCCUUCGAAGUGACUGGAUACCAGCCUUUUGUCCUCACUGGGGAGACAGCCGAGGGGCUCCCUCCGGUGCGGAUCCCUCCUUUCUCAGUGACCACCACCAAUGGGACCGUCUCCUUCACCGAGAUGGUGCAGGACAUGGGGGCCGGGCUGGCCGUGGUGCCCCUGAUGGGCCUCCUGGAGAGCAUCGCGGUGGCCAAAGCCUUCGCUUCUCAAAAUAAUUACCGCAUCGACGCCAACCAGGAGCUGCUGGCCCUCGGCCUCACCAACGUGCUGGGCUCCCUGGUCUCGUCCUACCCCGUCACAGGCAGCUUUGGCCGGACGGCCGUGAACGCCCAGUCAGGAGUGUGCACCCCGGCAGGGGGGCUAGUGACAGGCGUCCUGGUGCUGCUCUCGCUGGACUACCUGACCUCGCUCUUCUACUACAUUCCCAAGUCCGCGCUGGCCGCCGUCAUCAUCAUGGCCGUGGUGCCCCUGUUCGAUGCCAAGAUCUUCAGGACGCUCUGGCGCGUCAAGAGGCUCGACCUGCUGCCCCUCGGCGUGACCUUCCUGCUGUGCUUCUGGGAGGUUCAGUACGGCAUCCUGGCGGGGACCCUGGUGUCGGCGCUGAUUCUUCUGCACUCCGUGGCCAGGCCCACGACCCAGGUGACCGAGGGGCCCAUUCUCAUCCUGCAGCCGGCCAGCGGCCUGCACUUCCCAGCGGCCGAGACCCUCCGUGAGGCCCUCAGCCGGGCCCUGGAAGCGAGCCCCCCGCGCUGCGCCGUGCUGGACUGCACCCACGUCUGCAGCGUCGACUACACGGUGGUGCUGGGGCUCGGGGAGCUUCUGGAGGAUUUCUGCAAGCAGGGCGUGGGUCUCGCCUUCGUGGGCCUGCAGGUACCUGUGCUCCGUGUCCUGCUGUCUGCCGACCUGAAGGGGUUCCAGCAUUUCUCGUCCCUCGAGGAAGCAGAGAAGUACCUGAGGCAGGAACCGGGCACCCAGCCCUACAACGUCACCGACGACUCGGUGCCGGAGCACAAGAUCGCCCUGCUGAAGGCCUAGUGGGGUGUCCGAUGGCGCCCCGCAUUCGGAGAGUCUCCCGGAAGGUUCUUGUGACUGGAGGUGAACGCUGGCUGCUGCCCGAGGGAUCUGAGACAGGCUCGAGGAGGGGCCCCGGGGGCAGGAAGGAUGCCUUGCAGGGAGCUCCUUGGGAGUCCCCGGCUUCGUGUAGGGUGAUGGAAAACUGGCCUUCCCGCUGUCCCCGGGGUGCCCUUUGUUGAGGGGUGGUCUGCAGAGCUUCUGGAGUGGUGGACCACCCGGCAGGGGAGGGGAGGGCCCCCAGCUGGUUGAGCAGAGCAGCCCUUGCGUUGCGGUUGCAGCCAGGCAGGGGAGCCCGAGAGCGUGGCGAGGGAGCGGGCGCCUCCGGUGCGAUCUGUUCUCAGUUGCCAGCAUCUGCGCUGUUGGAGAAGACCAAGGUGUGCCAAACGACUUCGAGUCUCUGUUUAAAAUUAAUUUUUGUGUGUGUGAUUUUAAUAGCUUUGGUGUUUUUGUAAAAAUCAUUAAUGCUUAUUGUAAAAAAUUAUGGGAACCCCUCCCCCCUCAUUUUGGUGAUUUUUCCAGAACCCCUCCCCACUUGGUAUUUGUAUGUACGUACGUAGCGUGUGGACAUACGUGUACGGUUUUACAUACGUGGGAUCAUUUCAUUUGUGGUGCUGUGGAACCCCCUUUUCAGGCAGUCGUUUGUACUGAGUAUUUAUUGUGAUAAUAAAUAGAGAACAUAUGAUGGUAAA